CUUCUUGUUGCCUCUGACGUUCAACAACACCAAGAAGUUGACCUGCUCUGCGACAGCGACUACCCGCACUGCUUUAGAGGAUCAGCUUCAAACGAUUCUUAUUUCUAUAUAAUACCUACCUGGUGCUAAUCUGACAACACCGCCAAGAUGGGUGGCGACCUCAAUUUGAAGAAGUCAUGGCACCCAGUGCUCAUGAGCAAUCAGAAGAAGGUGUGGGAAGAAGAAAAGAAAGCCUUAGACGAACGCAAGAAAACCGAACUUCGAAUCAAGGAAUUGAAGGAGGAACGAGCCAAGGAGGAGAUUCAGCAAAAACUCGAAGCAGCAGGGAGCCGAAAGCGUGUCGACAGAGUCGACUGGAUGUACCAGGGGCCGUCGAAUGGGCAGUCUGGUACGACGGAGGAGAUGGAGGGAUACCUUCUGGGGAAGAGGCGCAUAGAUACCUUGAUUAAGGGAAACGAUCACAAGAAGCUGGAGAAGCAGGCUUCGGAGGACAGCUUUAUGGCCCUACAGAAGGCAAAUACUCUAAAGGACACGGCGGCAAAAGUGAGGGAGGAUCCUAUGUUGGCGAUCAAGAGGCAGGAACAAGCUGCAUACGAAGCGAUGAUGAACGACCCUAUCAAGCGGAAACAACUACUCGCGGUCAUUGGCGGGGAGCCGGAGGGGAAGGAGAAAACGAAGGAGAGGAAGCAUAGGCAUCAUCACAGACGUCACCAUGAUGAUGCGUCGGAUGAUAGGAGACAUAAGCGCAGAAGGGUGGAUGAUUCGGAGAGAGAUGGGAGGAGUAGUAGGCAUCGUCAAAGCAGGAGGCGAUCGCGGUCGAGGACGCCGGAUUCGAGGUCCCGGUCGCCUGAGCGCGGGAGUGCUAGAGGUGGAGAGAAGCGUGAUUCAAGGGAUGAGUCGCCUCGGAGGCGACGCCAAAGAUCAGUGUCACCUCGAAGAGGGCGGUAUUCGCGAUCACCUUCCCCGCGAAGGAGACGGCAUUCACGAUCACCAACACCACCUGCAGGAGGAGAAGCGAGACGAGACCGACGUCCUUCGCCAUCUCGCAGAGUAUCCGUAUCCCCGCGUCGGCGAUCUUAUUCUCGUGAACGAUCCGGACCAAAGGGGUACCCUAGCCAACAACCUCGUCGGGAUACCUACAGAGACAGAGAUUCGCGGCCCGAUGGCAAUGCAACGGGACGAAACGGAGAUAGACCAAGAACGAGCUACAACGCCGGGCAACCCUCAAGGCCCCCAUUUCGAGGUGAUGAUCGACCACGGAAUGCUGCUGCACCUAGCCAGAGCGUAGAGGAACGGGAGGCGGAGAGGCAGCGGAAACUCGCAGCCAUGCAGGAGGACGCAUCGGCGUUGGACCAGGACCGCGAGAAGCGGCUUGCUGCACUGGCGGAGAAGGAGAAGAUCGAUCGUGAUGCGGAUGAGGCGGCUAGGGUGAAGUCGUCGAAGUAUAGCGAUAAAGCGGAUUUCGUGAAUGGGAUGCAUCAGAAGGUGGGGAGUAUGGGGCUUGCGGAUCGGAUUGGGAGGGGACGACAGGGACUUCAGCGGGAUGAUUGAAGAGGGGCAUUGGGCAGUGUGGGAUCGCUGGCUUUUAUCCUAUUGUAUUUUUGGAAGGAGUCCAUGAGCAGUCACUCUUGUGGUAUAUAUAUAUAUAUAUAUACGCAAAUAGCACAUAACUACCACCGGCAGAUCAUUUGUCGUAGAUAGCCAAAUCCAUAUACAGACACUGGACAAAACAUCCAGAAUCAAAUCAUUCGAACAAGGAAC